UUCUGUUAUUAAAACAUCAAUUUCCUAAUUGUUUAAAAUUGUAAUAAAUUCAGAUUUUGGAGAAAAACUGCAAUAUACAUAUACAUGUAUAUCAAUAUGCAUUAUAUACGUAAAAAAAGUACAAUACGUCUGAGAUACCCUUUACAGCACCGCAGCUCGAUAUUACUCCUAGGGCGAAGAGGAAAAAAAAAUGGAAAUGCUGCGAUUCGAGAGGAGAAAGGCACGAGAAAAAGAGAAAGAAAGGUGUUCGACGCCGACUCGCACGAUAAAGCAGAGCUCUAUACAUCCUGUCGCCUGAAUAAAAACCAUUACGUGAAUAUCGAUCCAAUGCGAAAGGCCCGCCACGCUACGAUGUCCAUUUUGGAAUGUGCGUGCGCGCGUGAACGAACAAAAUGUCGCCCUAACUAAAGUAACCCACCAUAAUUAGUGGUACGGCGGUAAUAGGAGGGAGAAGGAAGAAAAAGAGAGGGCUGCGAGAUCCCACCAGGAGCGGGAAAUACGAUUGAAAAAGGCGGGUUAGUAAGGAGAGGUGGAAGAGGGAGACGGAGAUUGAUGGGUAGGGGGAGAGAACUAUGCUAGGGGGACGGCUGGCGACGUGGAUCUUGUCACACCGGCAAUAUAAACGGCGAUGGGAAUGGAUGGUAUAAUAACGAUAACACGACACGCGAGAACACGCGGGUCUCUUUGUGCGAAAAAAGACGCUGCACGCAGGCGUUGCACGCACGCACACAUCCGGUCGUCAUAGUUGGUCUUUCGUACGAAUCAGAGCAGCGGCGUCUCACGGAUGCCGACAUAUUGGAUUACAAAAUAAAGCACUAUACGGAGAAAGAGCGCGCGGGGCUAGCGCUACAGAGAGCGAGACAACGCGAGAUACGGAAAGAGAUACGGAAAGAGAUACGUCAUAACGCACGCAUUGUGCAUCGAACAACGUGCCUGUCGCGCUUUGCCGGCAGAGGAUCCUCGUCACGUUCGAAGAGAUAAUCGUUGGCGCUGCGAACGAACGUACGUAGGCGUUUCUCGUCUUCCGAAAAUCGCACGCACGAAGAGCGAAGCACAGCGCAGAAGAAGAGUGCACGUUCUUUCUCGACGGCAACGAUGUGAACGUGACGCUGACGCCGCCUCCACACGGACAUUACUCUCUAUUCAGAGAAAAUUUGGCUUGCGAGAAUGUUUGGGAUACAAAGUGCACUGAUAAGCGUCUCGUUUUGGCGAUGUCUGAAGAAAAUGACACAUCUACAUCGCUGCUAUUCGACUGGCACGAAACUCCCCGAAUUAACAUCGGUCAGAUACAAGAUCCAACGUGGGCCUUAUAACACGAUCUCGGACGCAGACGUUCGCUUCUUUGAUGCGCUGCUCGGCUCCAAUCGACUUGUCACAGAUCCGGAUGAGUGCGAGAGUUACAACAUUGAUUUCCCUAAGACCGUUAGAGGUGCUAGUCGAUUAGCGUUGAAACCGAAAUCCACUGCUGAAGUGUCGGCCAUAUUAAAGUAUUGCAAUGAGAGGCGAUUAGCAGUUUGCCCGCAAAGUGGUAAUACCGGGCUUGUGGGAGGUAGCAAUCCUGUGUUUGACGAAAUUGUCAUUUCAAUGAAGCUCAUGAACAGAGUCUUGGAUACGAAUGAAUUGGCCGGUAUAUUGACAUGCGAGGCUGGCUGCGUUUUGCAGGACUUGGAGAAUCACUUGAGCACGUUCGGGCUGAUGAUGCCCUUGGACCUUGGAGCUAAAGGUAGCUGCUUGAUUGGCGGUUGCGUUUCCACCAACGCGGGCGGACUGCGACUCCUACGCUACGGUAAUCUUCAUGGAAAUGUCUUGGGAGUUGAAGCGGUGAAGGCCAAUGGUAACGUAGUGGACGCGCUGAAUGUAUUGAAAAAGAACAAUACCGGCUAUCAUUUAAAACAUAUGUUUAUUGGCUCAGAAGGAACACUAGGAAUUGUGACCAAAGUAGCUAUCCAGUGUCCACCCUUACCAAAAGCUGUGAACAUUGCAUUUCUAGGAUUAGCGAGUUUUAAUAAAGUAUUAAAAGCCUAUCAUCUGGCGAAGUACGAGCUCGGUGAGAUACUGUCGUCCUGUGAAAUGAUGGACCGACUGUCUUUGGACGUUUCUAUUAAUAGUUUGAGCAUGAAGAAUCCAUUAACGAGUGAAAAUGGUCACGAAUUCUACAUGCUUAUCGAGACAUCCGGGAAUAAUUUGGUUCACGACGAAGAGAAGCUCUCCUCGUUCGUGGAAAAGGCAAUUAAUGAUCACAUCAUUGAAGAUGGCACUUUGACUAACGAACCGACCAAGUUUAAUAAUAUAUGGGCACUUCGAGAAAGAAUCAGCGAGGGCGUUCUUCGCGAUGGUUACGUCUUCAAGUAUGACAUCUCUCUGCCUUUCUCGUCCUUCUACAAAGUCGUCGAGGUGCUUCGUAACCGAAUACAGGAUCCUCGUAUCGUCAGGAUUAGCGGUUACGGUCAUUUAGGUGACGGGAAUAUACACGUACAAGUUUCCAUACCGGAAUAUUACGCGGACGUGGCCGCGCAGUUGGAGCCAUUCAUCUUCGAGUACGUGUCGCAGUGCCAUGGUAGCAUCAGCGCCGAGCACGGUAUUGGUUUCAAGAAAACGAAAUAUCUCCACUUGAACAAAACAUCCUCCGAGAUCGAGAUGAUGCACGAAUUGAAGAAGCUCAUGGAUCCGAACGGUAUUCUGAAUCCGUACAAGGUCCUGCAGCCGGUUACGGAGACUUGAAACCGUCGUCAGAAUAUAAUUCCUAAAUAAAGAUGAUGUAAAUACUCAAUGUGCCAAGUUAGGUGGGUAAGUUAGCAGAUAAAUGUGGCACGUGUACAUAUAUUAUAUAAUUAUAUAUUAUAUAUUUUACAUAUGUUAUAUAUGAUUUAUCAAAUUUACUAAUGAACAUGUACAUCUUUUGUAUAUAUAUAUAUAUAUAUAUAUAUAUAUUGAUGGUUCUAAUUUUGCAAAAAUACAAGUUUGGUUAUGCAACGA